AAGCGAUCGAGCGUCUCCUCCAGAGCAGCAGUUCUGAGUCCCUGGAAGAGGGAGUGGCCGGGAUGCGGGAGAGUCCGGAGAGCGAGGAGCCGGAGCCUGGCCCGGAGGCACCCUGCGCCGCGUCCUGCCACGCGCAGCGCAUCCUGCAGACGCUCAACGCGUAUCGCCGGAGCGGCACCCUGACCGACGUGGUGCUGCGCGCCGGAGGCCGCGACUUCCCGUGCCACCGCGCGGCGCUGAGCGCGGCCAGCGCCCACUUCCGCGGCCUGUUCGCGGCCGGCCGGCCCGAGCGUGCAGCGGCCGUGCUCCCGGUAGGGCCCGAGGCGCCCGGGGCGGCGGCGGCCCUGGCCGUGGUGCUCGACUACGUGUACGGCGCGGGCGUGCGGCUGCGCGCCGAGGACGAGGCGGCCGCCGUGCUGGCGCUGGCCGAGCGGCUGGGCGUGGCGGGGCUGCGCGAGGCGUGCGCGCGCUUCCUCGAGGGCCGCCUGCGCGCCGCCAACAGCCUGGCGCUGCGCCGCGUGGCCGCCGCCUUCUCGCUCGCGCCCCUGGCCGAGCGCUGCGGCCGCGUGCUGCGCCAGGCCUUCGUGGAGGUGACGCGCCACGCCGACUUCCUGGAGCUGGCGCCCGACGAGGUGGCGGCGCUGCUGGCCGACCCGGCGCUGCGCGUGGCGCGCGAGGAGGCCGUGUUCGAGGCGGCCAUGCGCUGGGUGCGCCACGACGCGCCGGCCCGCCGCGGCCAGCUGCGGCGCCUGCUGGAGCACGUGCGCCUGCCGCUGCUGGCGCCCGCCUACUUCCUGGAGAAGGUGGAGGCGGACGAGCUGCUGCAGGCCUGCGGCGACUGCCGCCCGCUGCUGCUGGAGGCCCGCGCCUGUUUCAUCCUGGGCCGGGAGGCGGGCGCGCUGCGGGCCCGGCCGCGGAGGUUCAUGGACCUCGCUGAAGUGAUUGUGGUCAUUGGCGGGUGUGACCGAAAGGGACUCUUGAAGCUGCCUUUUGCAGAUGCUUACCACCCGGAGAGCCAGCGCUGGACGCCCCUGCCCAGCCUGCCUGGUUACACGCGCUCCGAGUUUGCCUCCUGUGCACUUCGGAAUGACAUUUACGUUUCGGGAGGUCACAUCAACAGCCGUGAUGUCUGGAUGUUCAGCUCCCAUCUGCACACCUGGAUCAAGGUUGCCUCGAUGCACAAGGGCAGGUGGAGGCACAAGAUGGCGGCCCUGCAGGGACAGCUCUUUGCAGUGGGGGGCUUCGAUGGCCUGCGGCGCCUGCGCAGCGUGGAGCGCUACGACCCAUUCUCCAACACCUGGGCGGCCACUGCGCCCCUGCCGGAGGCCGUGAGCUCUGCAGCCGUGGCGCCCUGCGCGGGCCAGCUCUACGUGAUAGGGGGCGCCGGGCAGGACGGUGUCAACACUGACAAGGUGCAGUGCUUUGACCCCAAGGAGGACCAGUGGACUCUGCGGUCGCCAGCACCCUUCUUGCAGCGGUGUCUUGAGGCCGUCUCCCUGGGAGACACCAUCUAUGUGGUGGGAGGCCUCAUGAGCAAAAUUUUCACCUAUGAGCCUGGCACAGAUGUCUGGGGAGAGGCAGCUGACCUGCCCAGCCCUGUGGAGAGCUGUGGCGUGACGGUGUGUGACGGGAAGGUCCACAUCCUUGGUGGGCGGGACGAGCAUGGGGAAAGCACCAGUAGCGUCUUCACCUUUGACCCUAGCAGUGGGCAGGUGGAGGCCCAGCCAUCCCUGCAGCGCUGCACCAGUUCUCACGGCUGCGUCACUAUCGUCCAGAGCCUGAGCAGAUGACUCAGCCUGGAGAUCUCAGCCAGGAGUCAGAGGAAAUGUGGACAUGGCACCUGGCGCCCCUCCUGGGACCUCCAUGUGAAUAGCCCUCUAACUUAUUGUCCCUCU